GAACACAUAGGCAUAAAACGUAGUGAUGCAUAUGGAAAUUCAAGCUUGAGGGCAAUUCUCUCUCAGAACAAGAAGAAGAAAAUGAAAAAGUGUGAACUUUGCAAUUCUCUGGCAAAGAUGUAUUGUGAAUCAGAUCAAGCCAUCUUGUGCUGGGACUGUGACUCCAGAGUACAUGGUGCUAAUUUUCUGGUUGCUAAGCAUUUAAGAACACUUCUUUGCCUCAUCUGUCAAUCUCCUACUCCCUGGAAUGGCUCGGGACCAAAGCUGGGCCCGACUGUUUCUGUUUGCGAUAAUUGUGUCAACAGAAAUGCUUGUAGGAAGGAGAGAAACAAUGAGGAAACUCACGAUGAAGAAGAUGAAGAUGAUGAUGAUAAUGAUCUUGAUGGGGAAGAUGACAGUGAAGAUGAUGAUGGUGAUAACGGCGAUGAUGAAGAAAAUCAAGUGGUUCCAUGGUCAUCUACACCACCAGUUUCCAGUUCUUCAACAAGUGAAGAAUGUUCCACCAGGUUUUGCUGCGUCCAAGAAGGUACUUCCCAAUCGAGAACAGUUCUUUCAUUGAAGCGCAUGCGUGAGACUGAAGAACCCGCUUCUCGAGCUGAUGAUCCAGGCUACUCAUUUUCUCCACAACACCAGACCCAGAAUUUGUCAAAUGAAUCAGCUUCUUUAGAUCCCUUCAAGUCACUAAAAGACCAGAAAUAACAGCCAGAGACUCUCCCAAGCAAUUACAAAAGGGCGUGGUUGCUGGAGACAUAUGAAGAAGUGGAACAAACACUGCUUGAUAUCUCCAAAAUGAGCACAAGCUGCUGCAGACAUAUGAAGAAGUGGAACAAACACUGCUUGAUAUCUCCAAAAUGAGCACAAGCUGCUGCAGAUGUUAAUGGCAUUUUUUUUUGUCUGACUACUUAAUUUUCGUUUCAAUAUUAGGUAACUUUUCUCUAAUUAGAAGUUAAGACAGCCUUGAUUGAUCUGUAUUGGGUGUAUUUAACUGAGAAAUGUAUGUGUUUCUUUCUUCUUCUUUUUUCUUGUUGAAAUUAAUAUCAGCUAAUUAGUUUUACCCUGAAGCUGAAAGCACAUUUUACCAAUGUAUAGUUGUAAGUGUUGGAGGCUAAGAAAGAAGUAACAGCUACUAAAUUCUGUUCUUUAAUUAUAAUAAACUUUAUUUUUUUCAACCUCAACCUAGGAUCACAUGUUCCUUCUAGGAAUCAGACAAUCAGCUACCAUGUUUUUAAAGUGGUGAACUGCACUGUAAUGAUCAGAUUACUGAAUAAACUAUGAAGUAAUGAACAGUAUUUGCCAUAGCUG